ACUUCAUGUUAUGUAAGAGCCUUGACUGCCUCACUGUAUGCUGUAGGAUAACAGCAGCAGUGAGCGGACAGGCAGAGCAGAUGCUGUGUACAUACACAGGGAAGCCUACGCUUAAUACAGCAGGAGAAACAGAGAAGAAUCUGACAUUUUUAGGAGCUAUGGGCAUAAGCUUGGAUGCACUAAGCUUGGAUGAGCCUGGAUAUUCACAGACACCUCAAGGAAAAGGAGCUAUUUGCAAGAUUCCUUCUUGUGGCACUAUGAAUGGAUUAUAAUCAGCAAUGUUUAACUUGCUACGCGGAGUAUUGUGAUCACCUCAGGACAAAUCUGCUGUUUUGAUCCUUGUCCUGCGGCCCCUGGGGGCCUGUGAUCAUGACAUCAGCGUGGUCCUUGAUGUGGGUUCUGUGUGGACUGAUGGUGUGGUUUCCCCACACUCACGCAGCCUCAGUGAGCCCCAAUCUGCUCAUGACCACCUCUGAUCCAACCACUGACGAACAACCAAUCAAUCAAGAGCAUCCGACUGAACCUACAGAUCCACCCAGCAACAACACAGCCUCCGUGAGCCACAAUCUGCUCAUGCCAACCUCUGAUUCAACGACUGACGAGCAACCAAUCAAUUCAGAACAUCCGACUGAACCUACAGAUUUAUUCAGCUACAAUGAUACAGCCUUAGUGAGUUCCAUUCUGCUCAUGACCACUUCUGAUGCAACAACUGAAGCACAAUCAACCACUCCAAAACUUCAGAAUGACUCUACAGAUCUGCCCAGCAGCAACAACACAGGACUUGCGUGUAUUUCUGUGCUUCCCCCACGACGGGGAUCAUACUACGUGGAGCAUGGCACAGGGGUGUCUGUGGGCUCCAUGCUUGUGUUCUGGUGUAAGGAGGGCUACCAGCUGGUUGGCCAUGAGAAAAUCACAUGCAUCCUACAUGCAGGCGUCCCUCGAUGGAGCAGCUACCUGCCAGUCUGUGAGAGCGUCCCUCGACCAAAUGACCAGGGACUUCGCAUUGCUUUACUGGUGUCUGUUGUGAGCGGGGUGGUCAUUCUUGUCAUGACUGUCUGCUUCAUCGUCUGCUGUUGUCAAGAGCGCAUGAGCAAAAAGAAGGAAAAGCAUCGGAUGGGGAGAAGCAGGAGAAGAGAAACACGGAGCUCUAGGUCUCGGAGGAGCCCGUCCUGGCUGGAGAGAGAGCAUAUAGACUGGGAGGCAUUCCCUCCACCUAAACUUUUCAGCUUGUCCCAGCGUCUCGACCGACCACUGCCUCCUGGUAGUCCCAUUUAUUCAGAGGUCGUCAGAGCCUAUGAGAACAGAGGGUAUGAGAGGAGUCAGGAGAGUCUGCUGAGAAGCCCCCAUAGCACAAACCCUACAUACCACGCCAACAGUCAAAUCUACCCGGCCCUUGUUUUCCAAAGGGUUCAAACUGAGCCAAACCCCUCCACCUCUUCUACCACCCCAGUUUACGUACAGAUUUCUACACCUCCCAAAAACAAGACCCCACACGCUGCUACUGUCACCCACCCAUAGACUUGUCUCAACAGGAAUGCAAGCAAAGUAAUUUUUCUCAUCAGCAGCACUGAAUGUGGCCAAGACAGUACGGACAAAAUUGCACAGAUGUGUGGGCAGAUUUAACUGGUUGGUAUAACCAGAAGCACUUUGAUAUUUUUUAAUGUUGAUGAUGUCUUUUAGUAUUUGUUAUAUUGUAAAUAUAUUCCAUUUUGAGGUGGACCUGGUUAUUCUUGUUAGAUCUUUGAUAACACUAAAGGUACAUAAUUCAACCUAACUGUAAAUAGAAGUAGUUUUGAUGAUAUUGUAGUGUAUGAACAUAAAAUGAAACCAAAAUCUUUUUGUUUUGCACAGUUUAGAAAUUUCCUAGUGGUGGUCAACUACCAGCCAUUUUCAUUAUAUUGCAUUCAUAAUGUGUUGUAAAACAGCAAUAUAUACUCUUAGUUAGAAUGAGCCAUUUGUAACCUAACUG